GGCAGUAUCUGGGGGCUGGGAGAGCCAUGUCUGGGGGAGGGGCUGGGUCUGGGUACUUGGAGAGCACUGGAGGGGGCCUUGGCAAAGGGGAGUGGGGCUGGAAUCGUGGGUGGAUGGCAGAGCUGUGGGGUGCACAAGGAGGGCUCUGGCUCCUUUGCAGGUGGGGGGCCUGCUGGCUUGGGGGUAGCAGGGCAGGGCAGAGCCCUUUCACAUCUCCUGUCGCCCCUCAGAUGUGGGUGCAGUACUUCUACACGGCUCACUUCUGGGCCUUGUUCUGCUACGCGCUGGAGGCUGUUCAGCUGCUGCGGAGACCUGCAGGCUGCAGGUCCCUGACUCCCUACUACCUGUUGUGCUGGGGCCUGUCCAGCACCCAGUGCCUGUGGGGCAUCCAGCAGCUCCUGUCCCCUGCCAGUGCCAGGUGUGACCUGCAGCGCCCACUGGCACAGGCCCUGGCUGUGGCUCACUACAUUGCUGCCUACGUGCCACUCUCGCUGGUCCUGCUGCUGAACCCGCUGCUUCUCUCCAGGGCCCUCUGCGCAGCCACAGCCGUGCUGAGGGGCCAGACGGGCAGGUACACAGCCAGCGAGCGGCUCCAGGAGCAGCAGCUUAGGAGGAGAUUCACCAGUAUCACUGUUACCUUCACUGCCUGGUAAUACCCUCCCCCCCGUCCUCCCCGCCAGCCAGCGCUCUGCCCCAGUGCCUGCUAAUGCCC